AUGGAGCGCCUGCUCCUGUGCCUGGCCCUCCUCGCUGGGCCCGUCGCCACCAUGCUGUGCCCCAAGCGCUGCACCUGCCAGAACCUCAUGCCCUCCUACACUGUUCUCUGCGCCAAGACAGGCCUGCUCUUCGUGCCGCCAAACAUUGACCGGCAGACGGCCGAGCUGCGCCUCAUGGACAACUUCAUCACCACCCUUCGUCACCGUGACUUUGCCAACAUGAGCAGCCUCAUCCACCUGACACUGUCGCGCAAUACCAUUAGCCAGAUCAAGCCGUAUGCCUUCGCCGACCUGCAGGACCUGCACGCCCUCCACCUGGACGCCAACCGGCUCACCAUGCUUGACGACACCCACUUCCAGGGCCUGGUCAACCUCAGGCACAUGAUCCUGGCCAACAACCAGCUGCACAGCAUCUCAGAGGGGGCCUUCCAGGACUUCCUGGAGACCCUGGAAGACCUGGACCUGUCCUACAACAACCUGGUGAACAUCCCCUGGGAGACCAUCGGCCUGCUGGCCAGUGUCAACACCCUCAGUCUGGACCACAACCUCAUAGAGAUGGUCCCCGAGGGCAUCUUCUCCAACCUGCACAAGCUGGCGCGUCUAGACAUGACCUCCAACAAGCUGAAGAAAAUCCCUCCAGAUCCCCUGUUCCUGAGGAUCCCAGUGUACGCUAAGCUGAAGGGUUCUCCACUCACAUCCCUGGUGCUGAGCUUCGGUGGGAACCCGCUGCACUGUAACUGCGAGCUAGUGUGGCUGAGGAGGCUGACCAGGGAAGACGACCUGGAGACCUGCGCCUCCCCCCGAGAGCUCGCCGGCAAGUAUUUCUGGACCAUCCGCGAGGAGGAGUUUGUGUGCGAGCCACCCAUGAUCACGCGGCACACCUCCAAGAUGUUUGUGAUGGAGGGUCAGGAGGUGAGCCUGCGUUGUAAGUCAGUGGGCGACCCGGAACCUUCCACGCAUUGGGUCAGCCCCGAGGGGAAGCUGAUUGGGAACACGUCCCGCACCAUCUGCUAUGAGAAUGGCUCGUUGGACAUCCUCACCACCACUGUGAAGGACUCUGGGAAGUUCACAUGCAUCGCAUCCAACGCCGCCGGCGAGGCUACGGCGCCCGUGGAGCUGGUGGUUAACCCCUCGCCACACUUUGACCACAAGCUGGAGCCCGAGCCUGGCCCCUCGGACAUCCCCACCUCCAUCAAGUCCAACGCCAGCGGGGGCCACGCCCGCACCGACCAUCAGAGGGUCAGUGUGUCGGAGCUGAGCUCGACCUCGGCCACCAUCCGAUGGCCCCCUCAGGACCACAUCCCGGGGGUCCGCAUGUACCAGAUCCAGUACAACAGCUCCUCCGACGACAUCCUCAUAUACAGGAUGAUCCCUGCAUCUCAUAAGUUCUUCCUACUCAGUGACUUGGCCACUCAACGGGAUUAUGACCUGUGUGUGCUGGCGGUGUACGACGAUGGCGUCACGGCCCUAACCGGCACCCGCCUGGUGGGCUGCGUGGCUUUCACCACAGAGCGCGAGUACCGUCAGUGCCGCUCCCUCCACGACCAAUUCCUGGGCGGCACCAUGAUCAUCGUGAUCGGCGGUAUCAUCGUGGCGUCCGUGCUUGUCUUCAUCUUCAUCCUCCUCAUGAAAUACAAGCUGCACAGCAACCAUUACAAGCAGAAGGCGGCACAUGUCAGCAACGUGUGCUCUCAGACCAACGGAGGCCAGGCGGCGGGCGGGGGAGGCACUCCCAUCCCCCCUUCCUCCUCAGGCUCGGCUAAUAAGCCCAUGCCUCCUGGCCCAGUGGACAGGGUAGGGCACGAGGGACCCCAUCAGGCCUCGGAAGGGGGCUUCGGAGGGCCCUUGAAAGGGACCACCGUAGUGGACUUGAACCCAGACUACGGGAAGUCAGUGAAGGACGAGGAUGCUAUAUCACAAUAA